AUUUAACAUCUGCCCCAUAACGAAAGGUAAUGUUUAUUUGAUCACUUUUUUCUGUUACUUGUUUCUAUCUAUAUUUUUGAUAUGACGCAAUUGACAAGUCAUUAUCUAUAAAAUAAAGUUUGUUGUGCAAUUAGAUAUGGCGCAUUGAUCUAGCCUAUUAGUGAAGAUUUGUGUUUAUUUUGUGAAAAAUUGCUUGUGACGUGAUAUGUUUAUAUUGUUCGUGGCUUAGUUUGUAUUAAAGUUGAUAUAUUUUGAAUAGUGUUUUUUUGAGAGACAAUGAAAUAUAUAACUACAAUGGGGAUUAACAAAAAACGAUUUCAAUACUAAAUAACACCUACUAAACAUUCCUAAUUAUUUCCCCACAAAGAUGAUCGGACAGCAACUUUAAUCAUGUUCCUAAACAACGAGAGCCUGCAAGCAAUUGUGUGGCCACCGGUUAGAGAAAAAGUCUCUAUAAAUCCUCAAGCGGCUCCUCAACAAUUUAUUUGUUAAUCAUAUUAUGAAGUACCCUCAAGUGGUGUCAAUGCCUUCGGCAGUCUCUAAUUGGCUAGAUGAACAGUUGGAAGCUCGUGGUAUCGAUGCAGUUGUAUACACUCGUUACAUCCUAAGUUUAUUACAUUCGCACACAGUUGACGUCUUGUAUCCAGAGGACGAUUUCCAGUUUACCCAUUCUCACUCCAAAAAAGAAGUGAGAAAAUUCAACAGAGGCUACACAGGAUCUCACAGAUCCUCUGCAGAUUGGUGGAGACAUGCACAUGUUGAAGCUGAGCGCAUCAAACGUUCAGCUGCCGUUGAGUGUCUUUUGUCUGCCUCCGAACAGAAUUGUGGAAUUGAAUCCCUGGUUGAUGAACUCUGUGACCGAAUAAAGAACGUGAAUACUUCAGAGGAGAAUAUUGAACAAACGGAAAACUCAACUCCUGAAGAAAUCAAUGAAAAAUUGACUCCUCAGGAGCAAGCUCAAAAGUAUUUUGCUGCCUUUCCCCCUCUAAGUUCUUUUUCACCUAUUGAUAAUAGAUUUCUUGCGGAACGCCGGAGGAGGAAAACACUUUGUGCAUCUCCUAUUAGGAAAAACUCUACCAAGUCCGCUAAAGAAAUCACCUCUAUCAGUAGAGUUCUUUUUAAGGAAACUAACGACACUAUGAGAGCUCGUUGUCAGGUUAAGCAACGACUCAGCUGUCUGGGACGUAACAAAAAUAUGAAGUCUAAUACUAUCACCAAUUGGGAUCUUACUCUCCUCUCAAAUAACAACUUGAUAAACUACACAGGUCUAAAACAAAAAGAGGAUUCUCCUGCAAGUAAAGAUUCUGAUAGUUGUGUUAAUGAAUCUAAAGAUUUAUACGAAGAAGACAACAUAUUUAAUGAUCUACCUGUGGAUAUAAUCAAUCUUCUGGAUUCUCCACGACCACAUGAUCAACGAGUAGAGAUUAUGAACAUCGCUAAUAUGAGAGACACCGGGAAAAGGAAUUUUAUACCGUACGGACCGGGGAUAAUAUCCUCGAUAUGGUCUAACGACGAACAAGAUAUUAUUUUCGAAAACAAUUAUAAUUCAUCUAUCGACGCCUCUUUCACUAUUGUAAACGCAGAUAGAUGUAGACGCAAACUAUUCAAUGAUAAACCUGGUAUUUUGGCCGAAGAUGGUAUUGCCGAUGAGGAAAAUAGAGAUAUGGUAGAAAAUAGAAUAAAUUUCGAAGCUGACCAAAGAUUAGCUUUCAGUCUCAUGAAGCUGAAUCAUAACAAGGAAACAAGUGGCUUUAGAGAGGUACCGCCGGGCUCUUUGUGCCAGCUAAAACCCUUGAAUCCAAUUGCGAAACCAUCAAAAGCGCUUGGCACAAAUUUCAUCAACCAUGGAGACAAUUCUGAGGAUUUGUUAAAUUCUGAAAAAUCCUAUUUUAAGCCAAUUUCUGAAAAAACGGACAGCGAAUUAUUACAACCCACAAAAUAUGCGGAUGGUUCAACUUUUGCUAUUUCCAAUAAAUUUGAAAAGAUCAACUACAAAAAAACUGAGAGUGGCACCAUGUUUUUAGAAAAUGAAUUAGGGGAAUGUAAGAGAUAUUUUGAAUACAAACCACCUCAUGCCAGACGUCCAAUAGAUGAAUUCAUUCUAAGGUAUAACAUUUCUGAAAACAACAAGGCAUGUCAAACAGAGGAACGUGCUUUGGACGAAGAAGUCGCAAUGUAUAGUUUGUUUGGGGAAAUGAAGUAUUCUCCACUUUCUCAGCUCAAAAAUUGCAAUAAAGAUGAAACUUACUCACUUGAUCGCUGCACCUGUCCCGGUAAUUUGAAUUCUGCUUCGAAUAAAGAAAAUUGUAGUGUAUGUCCUAUACAUGUCGUCCAACGUCCGGAAAGUAUUUUCAAUAAAGAUGUUUGGAAAUACGAGGAUUACAUGUGCGAAAAUUGUCGAAUGAAUAAAACUAGUAGCAACAAUGAUUGGCCUAUGGGUAACAAAAAACAGAUGAUGGAUUGGGAUGAUAAACUAAGAAGUAUUUGGGAUGGCGAAGAUGUGUGUCAAAAAUGUUUGAAAGAAAUCAGGUCUAACUUACCAAGUCCUGCUUCAAAUCAACAACUUCGCGAAGAUAUCAGCCAGGAUGGAGAACAACUCCUCUCAGAUAUUAGUACAAUUCAGCAAUCCCACAUUGACUGUUUACCUGAAAGUGAACAAUCAUUCGAUAUUUCGGCACUGAUUUCACAAGAAGGCAAUCGAGAACUUUCGCUAUUUGUUGAUUGCAAUGGAUACUCAUCUUUGGAUGAAUAUUACAUCAUGAAGCACAUGAUGGCCUCUGGUCUCGCGGCUGCCACUGUAUGAGAGAAUUAAUAUAGAUCGGGGAAGUAUUAGCGAAACUCGAAAAAAUGAUGCGCUUUAAAUAUAAAACUGUGUAUAUAAUUUUAAUGGUGUAUAUUUGUGACGAAAAAUUGCAACUUGAAUAUGGUAAAUUUCCAUAAAAUUGAAAGAUAAAAGAAAAUUCGAUACAUCUAUUUUGUAGUUUCUUCAGUUUUCUUCGGUUUGAAAUAAUUAAGAUGAUUAAUGAUGAUUAAUCUUGUCUAUAUUUUGACUAAACUGGUUAAAAGUCCCAGUAUUUAUAUUUCAUAGAAUUGUCUAGUAGUUUAUAAAAUAGAAUUGACGCAUCAUAUAAACUGAAUGUAGAAAAACGUACAGAAAUUUUCUCUUAAUAUAAUUCAUGUAUUUAUACAUAACACCAGUUAUACUAGGUACAGUUCAUCGAGAUGAAAAUUUCAAUUAAGAAAACUGAUGAUACAUCAGUUCUAUUAACAAAAUUUAAACUGCUUUUAGCAUUAAUAGGGAUAGAAGUAGAAGUGGAGGAAUUCCCUCUCCUAUUGGUUGAUUUCAAGUGGUUUUGUAAGGAGUGAUACAUCAUUUAAUGUUUACCAAUUAUUUUUCGAAGUGCAAAAUAUGUUGGUAACGACAAAACGGAAUUUGCAUAUGACUAUUGAUUCAGGAAAAAUAUUUAUUAAUACCUCUUAACUAUUAAUAAUGUCUACCAACCUUGAAUUAGCAGUUUGUAUAUUUUGAAACCUGACAUUAUGAAUUGAAGAUGGAAGCCUUUGUCGACUAGGCUUUAACUAUAAAUUAUUUGAGAGAAAUAAUACUGCUACAAAACUACAAAAUAUCAACUGAAAGUUAAGCAAGACCACUUCGAAUAUAGAGAAUAUCAAUUCAUUAACAACAUUAAAAAAAUUUAACAUAUUAGUUACUAAGUUCCCGAUCUAAUGAAGAAAAUUGAUUUUUUUAUCUUUAAUCGAUUUUAUAGCUUCACAUAAUAUCUUUCGAUAACAUUAUGGCGGCAGUAAACGUUCACUGAGACACCCAACUCAUACCGAACAGACUUCAAACUGUUUGAAAGAAAUAUUUCCAAGCGCUUCGUCUAAUUAUGAAAAAAAUGGUACUUUACAGCCUAAUGUUAUUAAAAAUUGUUGUUCUUUUGAAUUCUUAGUUUAAAACCCUCAAGCAAAAGAACCACCAGAACCUAGGUGAGAGAGUACUGCUAUCAUAAAAAUUUGAGAACUUACAGUUAUUUUUAAUAUUGUUUUAUUUUUUCAAAUGUACUUUAUAUGAGGCUUUGACCCUACCAAUUUAUAUUACAUAUCGAACAAUACCUUACCCCUAAAUAACUGAUGUUUUAUUCUAGAAUUUUCACUAUUAUAUAUAUAAAAAAAUGAGUAAAAGAAGUUGCAAACGUUGUAUAUGAAUAAGUACACCGCGCGAUUUUCAGGUUUUUGCUUUAUGCUACUUCCGAUCUUAAGGUUAGUAUUUGGCUUGAAUAAUAAGCGGCAUGCAGAAUCGUUGCGCGUCGUUUCUUGCGACGCCCAAAAAAAUGACAACUGCCAUAUUAGUUUCAGUGCAGACAUGUAGGGUGCUCCGUAAGUAGCAAAAAAGGACACCUAACAAUACGAUCUGACAUGCCGUAUACUCUGCGCUUAUAUACAUAUUUAUUAUAAUAAAAAAAGUUGUGAAUCGGCUCACUCCCCAUGCAGAAAGGGGCGCCGAAUGGCUUUUUGUUAUGUUGUGCAUAUUUAUAUAUAUAAAUAAUACUGAUUAGCUAAUAUAUUUUUGUGCGGGGAGGUGAUUCCAUUUCUUUUAUUAUCGUAAUUUUUAUUUUGUUUUCUGUUAAUUUAUGGUUACACCUCCUUCCAUUUGUGAUUAGCUCGUAGUUGGAUUACGAAAAUGUUUUUUUUUGUUGAAAAGUACGCUCGAUACUUUUGUUAAGUGUAAUCUUGUCCUUAAUCCCGAUCCCGUUUUCCCUGUCUCCUUAGAUCCCCUUACCUCAAGACGUCGGACCGGAAAGAAACGUACUGGGAAACUGACUUGGCGACGCUAGAAUUUCUAAUAUUCUCGGUGUUAUUGAGUUUAUAAAAGUUACUGCAUCAAUGAAUAAUAUAGUCGCAUAACAUUUUGUUUUUACUUUUUCCUCAAUGUGUAUACUAAAUUUUUAGAUAAUCAUGUUAUCGGAACAUAACCAGUUGAUUUAAGAACUACGUAAUUUUGUACAUUUUAGAAAUCUCAAUAAUAUGUCGUAAUAUUGCAUUGAAAUGUUGUAGAAAAUGGAUCUCGAUAACGUUUCUGUGAUGUUACAAAUAGUUUCUUGUAGCACGUUUCUGUCUGGGCCGACUUAUCUGUAUCAUAACAGUUUUUUGAGUCGAGGUAUUUUGAAAAUUUUCCAGCAUUAUUCUUUCCAAAAUUUUUUAGUAUCACACCGAUUAAUAUGCUUUGUUUCAGUAUAAUGUUAUAGUUUUUAUAUGUUGAGUUUAGUACAGAUUUUUUAGCGAAAUUAAAUUGUUAACAUCGGUGUGAAUGAAUUAUUUGAUGUUUUUUUUUGAUAAGAUGAUUUUUACUUCGUCUUAACUUUAGAUCUGCCAAGUAAUAUUGAAAAUAACAAAAAAAACACACUGUAAAUGCACUCGUUCGACUUUUUUUCUCGAGGCAGAUCUACCAUCUUUGCGUAUUUUACAGUUAGUGUUUUUUAUACAUUUAGGUGUUUUUUAAGAGCGUUUUCAUUUAUUCGAACAAAAUAGACGCAAAAACACCAUAUUGAAUAGUUUAAUUAAAAUACAUAAAGUGAGAGCAUUCAAUCUAAUACAAAAAAUAAAUAAAAACAACAAAAAAAGUUUGCAGCAAAUAACCUCUCCUUUUGUAGUAUUAAUGAAUUAAAUAAGUAAAUGGAAAUGGUUACUUUUAAGUUAACUGUAGAGAGUUAAUUAUAUUUUUAAAAACUUAAGUUUACAAAUGCCAUUUCACAUGUAUAUAAUUUUGAUACUCUUAUCAAACAACUUUUUUUCAGGUGAAUUUUAUUUUCUGUACAUUGUAGUUAUAGAACAUCUAAAGGGAUUCUUUAUUAACCUCUAUUGUUUUAAAAAACAAUUAAUUGUAAUACAUUAAACAUAUUUUAAAAUUUUUCACAAAUAUCAUUUUUAAAACAUUUUGAUUAUAUAAUUGAAAAGAUGCAGAAAAACCGGGCAGUCUUUGAGAGUUCUAGAAAAGCUCAUUUCUAAAAUCUUUGAAAAUAAUCAAUUUAUCAUUGAAGUAUUAUCUACUACUAUUAAAAUCUUAUAUAUCGAUAAAUGAAUAGUUGCUUUAAUCGCAGUAAAUUCAUAAUGUUUACUGAUGCCAAUAUUCACAAUUACACUAUCUGGUACUUCGAGCCAGAGCCGACGUUUGGAAGGCUCGAUGAACCAGACAGUGCCCUUAUGAGUGUCAGUGUAUUGAUGGUAAUUUAGAAUUUCUUCCAACGAUACUGCUAUUGAAAGGCGCGAUUUUUUUUGAAAAUUUUAUUGACCAACUACGUGUUUUACUGGCAUACUAAUUCGUUAAGAUAGUUUUUUGCACUUUUCAAUGUUAUCAUUUUUUUGAAUGUGAAAGUUUGAAAAAGAAAUUCCGCCUGAUCGAAUGUUUGUACAGCUAAUAAUGUAUUUAGAUAACACUAAAAUACUUAUAUUAGUUUUUAGCUACUUUUCUAACAGAGCCUGUAUAGAUGGCUAUAGUAGUUGAAUAUUAUUUUUUAUCGAAAACUUGAAAAAGAAAACAAGAUAUCAACACAAAAUUUACUCGUCUUUUAGAGCUGAAAAAAUGCAAAAAAAAUGUUGAGUGAGUGAAUGAAAAAUAUUUUUCAAAUAAUAUAUGUCAUUUUUCUUAUCAGCAUGUUUGUUAAAAUUGCCGAAAUCACUAUACUCUCAUUUUUUUAAAGCACAGAACCAUGUCUUCGCGACUCUUAAUAUUUUUAUAAUUAGUAUAAUUUUAUUUUUAGUAACAAUUGUAGUUCUUGUAACUAAAAUUACUGAGUAGCAAAAUCAUUGAAUUAAGGGGAGAUGGUCAAGUUCGGCAUGAAUAAAUUUUAUACAUUUUAUUGAUUAAGCUAUUUUGUUUAUUUAGGUAGGGUUCACAUAUUAAAUUUCACAUGUUAACCAUCAGAAACUAUCUAACGAGACAGUAGACGCCUUAACUAACCACAACCUCUAUGGAAGUAUGACACUAUGAAAUGUGGAUAGGUCGGAUACUGAUUUCAAAAUGUUGAUUCUGAUGCUGUAGACUAAAUCUAACCAUUUUCACAAUAGAAAGCUUUUUUAUUUCAGUCACCUUACCUAACUAGAACAUAUUUAUAUACAAGUCUAAAUGGAUACGUCAAAUAUAGAUAACGAGAUGUCACACAAUGAAAUGGAUAUGUCAAAGACAGAUUGCUAACUCUCAUUAUCGGUAUCGCUGUGUCAAUCUAACGCUAUAUAGGUGCUAAAUUACACAGUUUUUAUAUAAUCAAAAGCUUUCUAACGUGACCGUAGUCACUUUCUCUAGUCACACAUUCUAUGGAAGUGUAACAGGAUGAAAUGGAUAUGUCAAAGACAAUUUAUACCUUGAGUUAUAAGUGUAUCUUCAAAAAUACUUUU